ACGCAAAAAAAACAAUAAUAAUCAAAGUAUUGUACAAUAAUACAUCAGCAACAUCCCAUGGCUGCCAUACAAAAUACGCUGCCUGGUUGUGUUUUCUGUAAAAUCGCCACCGACAACGAUCCAGCAACGGAUAUUGUGUUCCGAAAUGAUCGCAUGUCCAUUUUUAAGGAUAUUCGACCGGUAUCAGAUUUCCACUAUCUAGCCGUACCGAACCAUCAUGUUGAAAAUGUGAACUACCUGACCGUUGCUGAUAAGCCCUUACUUCAGGAGCUGAAACAAGAGCUAGUUAACUAUAUGAAAAGUAACGACGUUGACCCAGGCCAAACCAUCUUCGGCUUCCAUGUUCCACCAUUUACGAGCGUGAAACAUUUACACCUCCAUGCGAUUGCACCAGUUAGCAAGAUGGGUUUUAUUUCUAGGAUGAUUUUUCGACCCAAUACAAUGUGGUUUAAAACGGACGAGGCUAUUAUGCAGGCUAUUUCUAACACGUGUGCAAGACAGUGAUGUGUUUAAAUUUAUUCGAUUCAACUACCUACUACUAUCGCGAAUAAGUAUAAACAUACCUAUAUCUAUAAGCAUUGGCUUGCGAUUAAACUUUGAUAAUAUUGCA